GAAAAGCAGCCAGGUUGGGCCCGGAUUUUCCUUUUCCGGUUGCGGCGCCGCACGGUGAGGAGCUCCUCUGAACGCUCGCAGCCAUGCCGUCCAAGGGCCCUCUGCAGUCGGUGCAGGUCUUCGGACGCAAGAAGACGGCCACGGCCGUGGCGCACUGCAAACGAGGUAACGGCCUCAUCAAGGUGAACGGGCGACCCCUGGAGAUGAUCGAACCUCGCACGCUGCAGUACAAGCUACUGGAACCUGUUCUGCUUCUGGGCAAGGAGCGAUUUGCUGGUGUUGACAUCCGUGUCCGAGUGAAGGGUGGUGGUCACGUAGCUCAGAUUUAUGCAAUCCGCCAGUCCAUCUCCAAAGCCUUGGUGGCCUAUUACCAGAAAUACGUGGAUGAGGCUUCCAAGAAGGAGAUCAAAGACAUCCUCAUCCAGUAUGACCGGACCCUGCUGGUAGCAGAUCCCCGUCGCUGCGAAUCCAAAAAGUUUGGAGGUCCUGGUGCCCGUGCUCGCUACCAGAAAUCCUACCGAUAAGCCCAUCGUAAAGAUCAGGGUUCAACUUUAUAAUAAAAAUGUUACGGGAUUUAAGGUUUCAAG